UCCGACACAUGCUGGAUCGUUUCGUACUUAUAUACCUCGACGACAUUCUGGUUUACAGCCGGAGUCUGGACGAGCAUGUGGAACACCUGCGCACCGUUUUGGAGUGGCUACGACAGGCCAAGUACAAAGCAAACCGCGACAAGUGCGAGUUUGCACAACAGGAGCUGGAGUACUUGGGACACUAUGUGACGCCGCAAGGCAUCCGUCCGCUUGCGGACAAGAUCGAGGCCAUCCGCGUAUGGCCCGAGCCCACCAACACCACGGACAUUCGUUCAUUCAUGGGGUUGGCAGGCUAUUAUCAGCGUUUCAUCACCGGAUACUCAAGGAUUGCCGCACCUCUGACGAGACUACAAUCGCCAAAGGUGCCAUUCGUAUUCGAUGAUGACGCGCGCCAGGCUUUCCAAGCACUCAAGACGGCCAUGCUCAUGGCACCCGUCCUUAGCAUCUACGACCCCACUCUGCCUACGMGAGUGACGACUGACGCUUCCGGUUACGGCAUUGGGGCAGUCUUGGAGCAGCACGACGGCGAGGAUUGGCACCCUGUGGAGUAUUUCAGCCACAAAGUGCCUCCCAUCAAUUCUCUGGAUGAUGCAAGGAAGAAGGAGCUGCUUGCGUUCGUCAGGGCUCUCAAGCGAUGGCGGCACUUCCUUCUUGGGCAUCGUAGGUUCACAUGGGUCACAGACAAUAACCCAUUGACCUACUACAAGACGCAGGACACGGUGAGCAGCACGAUUGGACGGUGGAUGUACUUCAUCGACCAGUUUGACUUCAUACCGAAACACGUUGACGGCCUCUCCAAUCGCGCAGCACAUGCACUUUCGCGACGACCUGAUCUUUGCGCUAUGACGCAUCACGCCUUCUCGUUCGACGAGGACCUCCAACGACACUUCAUCAGGGGGUAUCAGUCUGACCCAGAGUUUGCUACGUUGUAUGCGCAGCUAUCUUCGGAUCACCCGCCGGCCAGCCACUAUCGCAUCGCCGACGGGUACUUGCUCCUCCACUCGAGAGGCAAGGACUUACUGUGUGUCCCACGUGACCGCCGUCUUUGGACUCGCCUUCUCGGCGAGUAUCAUGAUUCGCGACUCGCCGGCCAUUUCGGAGUCAAUCGCACGAUUGCACGGCUUCGACAACGAUUCCGACGGCCCGACCUCAUUUCCGAUGUCAUGCGGUAUUGUGAUUCUUGCGAAGUUUGCCGACGCAGCAAACCCCGCAACCGCAAUCCCUAUGGCGAGUUACGCCCGAUGCCUAUCCACCGGGAACCCGGUAUCUCCAUUGCUAUGGAUGUCACCGGUCCGUUUCCUCGAGACCGGCUCGGGCACGACGGCAUCCUCAUGGUUGUGGACCGAUUGAGCAAGUACGCACGAGAGCAUCCAGAUGCGAUUGCAGGUUGUGGCUGCCUUGAGGAUUUCUCUGAGCUCUGCACAUGUCUUCCAGCAGUCGCAAUGUGCCGCCCAAACCUCACGCCCAGCGCGGCUUCCUGAUCGGAGUAGGAUUGGGGCCCGGAAGUGUGAAAAGGGGUGUGCCAAGGAUUUUAGGAAAGUGGGGGUGGAGUCCCAGGAGAUCUCCUGUGGCAAGUUCCGGGGGUAAAAGCACAAGAGGCUGUGUGCAGGUCGUACUUGGCGCUUUAUUUUUUUUAAGGAGGGAGGUAGGCCACCUCUCGUGUUUUUUGCAUAGUAGGAGAGCCGCAUAUGUUGUGCACCAUAAGGCAGAUGGCACGUGCAAUGCAUCCCAGAUUAAAGAUCCCAGGGUAUUCUUCCACAAUCACAACACCGACAGAUCUAAACUUUUGCAUUCUCGAACAAAAUCCCAACAACAUU